AUGCCGGGCUCAGUGUUGUUGGUGAAGGCUCGCCUUGGUUCGGCUCCGCUCGCCUUGGUUCGGCUGCGCUCGCCUAGGCUCGCCUUGGUUCGGCUCCGCUCGCCUCGGUUCGGCUGCGCUCGGCUGAGCGCCGCUCGGCUCGUCUCGGUCCGCAGCUCCGGGCCGGCCCCGCCGGAGGCGACGGCUUGGUGUGCGCGGCGGGGCCGGUGGGCGUGGAGCGGAGGGCGGCCGGAGCUGUCCGGAGGCCUUGCGGGCUGCCCCCGACCCUGGGAGGGCGGCGGCAUCUCGCGUCUGGCAGGCCGGGCGCUGGCCGGGGUCCGCAGCGGGGCCCGGCCGUGCUUCAGCGGGCCAGGGCUCUCCGCCUCACCGCGGGGGCACCGGGAGGAGGCGGCGGUGGCGGUGAGGAGCAAGGAGCUCUUGCGGGCCGGACCCCGGGGGUGGCCGGGAUCGGCGGCAGCCGGGCCUCCCUCGCAUCCGGUGCGGGUCGCGGGCCCACGGGGCUCUGCGGAGGGGCCUGGGCCGGCGGAGGCGGGGCCGGGAAGGCUCCGGGACCUCGGCAGAGACAGCUGCGGGGCUGAAGGCGGGGUGGCCGUCUGCUCCAGCUCUCCCAGUCUCAGUCUCACUGAAAGUGCUGCCAAGGAAUCAGAGGAAGUGGUUCGAGUAAUCCUUGGAAAUCUUGAUGAUUUACACCCAUUUUCUACAGACCACUUCACUGUCUUUCCAUAUUUGAGUAAAUGGGAGCGAGUAUCAAAGAUGAAAUUCAAACAUGAGAAUGUCCAUCUUGUGCCUUAUCCCUACAUUUGUACAUUGUAUCUGGAAUUGAACUCAUUUCAGCGAAACAUAUCUUGUGGUAAAGAAGUAAAGAAGGGCACUGAUGAGCUUAAUUCCUCCAAAGCAAAUGAGCUUGAGUUUAGCCCAGCAUCCCUUACUAAAGACUGUGACCAACUGAGUUCCUGGGAACCUGUGGAAUUUGCCCUUGAACAAAAAAGAGUAGCCAGUCAGGCUGAGGGUGCAGUGCAGCUGCUGCAGCAAACGGACCAAACAGGAAAGAAAGGGAACAUGAAGUCAGAAGGAAGAGGUCUUUCACAGUCCUGGAGAAGCAUCAUCUUUGCCCCACUACAACAUCUUUUUGGUGGAAAAAAAUGACCUGGAAGUACUAAUUGUUGUGGAAAGGUAGAUUUGUAGUAUGAAUAUUGGGUUGCAUUGUUUCUUCUGUAAUUCAGCUUUUUAAUUCAAGCUUUUUGCUUGUCUUAGCUAUUAAAUGCUUUAAAUUAAAUUCUACUUUGCUAACGUUUUCAAAGUAACAUUCUGAAGAUGUUGGGUUAGAACAACGUGUUGGGUUUUUCUUCACAUCUUAGAGGUUUUGGAAUAGAGCAAGAAACUUGAAGAUUUUGAUUCUUAAGUGUCAUAAAUUGAAAAUUUCAUGUUAUGUGGUAUUCUAAUAAAACAAACAUCAGCUUGGAA